AUGUUCUUUCUUAGCAUUUUUUACCUUUUUGUUUAUUUGGGCAUUGAUACCUACCUCCUUUUUACGAUGGUUUUGGCAUUGAGAGGGUCGUUUUACAUAGUUUUUUUAUCGUGGUAUUGGGGGGGGGUAAAUAUAGGACUGCUGUGUAGGUUUCGUCUCGCCUCUGAAGUUAUAUGCUCUUUGUCUACCAGAUUUUGUUCAUCACAAAUUCAGUUCACUCUUCCAUCUAUCCAAACCUUUUACCUCUAUAAUUUACGUCGAACACAUCCCGAUAUCUCUACCAACCAUCUCCAUCCCAUCACACCCAUCACCCUCAACCCCUCCAAUCCCCCAGCAACCCCCACCCCAGCCACCACCAUGCCCCCCCGCAAAGCUGCCGCCGCCUCCACAACCACAAAACCCACCACCGACGACGCCAAAGCCUGCACCCUAAUCCUCACCUACCUCAUCUCCCAGAACCGACCCUACUCUGCCACCGAAAUCAGCAGUAACCUACAUAAUGCCGUCACCAAGGCUCGAACGGAUAAGCUGCUCAAGGAGAUGUUUGAGCGUGGCGAGAUCGCCGGGAAGGCGAGCGGGAAACAGUGGGUGUUUUGGGGGGUGCAGGUAUGUUUUUCUUGCGGUGUGUCUGGGAUGGGGAGAGGGGUGCGGCGGAGGGGUUUGGAUGAGGGGUAG